UCCAAAAACAGUGCAGUACAAAGUGUGUAGUGACAACGAUAGCAAGACUAUUAUCAAAAUCAUUAAUAUGCUCAAUAAAAUUAAACCUCGAAGAAGAGUUUUACGAAACAUUCAAAUAUUUGUAUUUGUAAGUGUAUUCGGCUUGAGCUUAUAUUCUCUUGCGCAUACUACACAUGAACUCACCAUGUACGAGUUGAUACAUAACAACAAAAGUGAUAACAUAUCCUGUCAUUAUGUUAAUGGUGACGAUCAUCUCCCCACCGUCGAUGGCAAGUUUUCCCCUACCCAAUCUCCGAUUUUUUUCCACGACACAAGCUGUAAAGGAAAUUUAAACUCCCGCCAGAUGUGUGCAAUAGAAUCAGCGGCAAUUACUCACCCAAAAAGAAACAUCUACGUCUUUUUCAGCGGUCCUAUUUCAAAGUCGGCAUUGCUAGGAAAAAUGUCUAUAAUGUAUAACUUCAGUAACGUGAUGCUAGCUAGAGUACACAUAGACGAAUACUCUCCAAACACAUCCAUACAAUUUUUUAUAGAAAAUGGCACGUUGAAAAACACUAGCUGGGGAAUUGAAAAUACAUCGAAUGUGUUAAGAUUUCUCUCGCUGUAUAAGUGGGGUGGGGUGUACCUAGACACAGAUGUAGUUGUGGUAAAACCAUUUGAUGUUUUAGGAGAAAAUUGGAUAGCAAAGGAAGAUAUGAUCGCAUUAAACUCAGCAGCAAUCUCUUUGGAUAAUUAUUCAUUGGGUCGAAAAGUUGCAAAUGAUUUUCUCGAUGAAAUAGUAAAAAAUUACAAAAGUGAUAAUUGGGCACAUAAUGGUCCAGGUGUUGUCACAAGGGUCUUAUCCAGGUACUGUGGAACCGAUGACUUAUCAAAAAUGACUAAAUCAAAAUGCCAAGGAUUUACUGUUUUAGAGCCAAAAUACUUGUAUCCAAUUCAUUAUAAUGACAGAAAGCAGUACUUUGAUCAUGGUAAUCCCGAGAAUUAUCCCGAUGCUUACAUGCACCAUAUUUGGAACAGACUUACUCAUCAUUUAAAAGUUCCAAAACAUUCCUUGUAUUCUAAAUUAGCACAGAAAUAUUGCCCCUCAGUAUAUCAAUUGUUUAACGAGGAAUUUGGUUUAUAGUUCAAAGAUUUUCAAAAUGUGAUAUAUGUAUAACUUUAUAUUUCUCUGUCAAUGCUUAUAGCCAGUAUUUAACAAAAACUGAUAGGCCUCUAAGAAAGCAAUUUAAUACGCUUCUACUGAUAUUGUCCUCAAAUCGAGAAUUAAAUAAUUUUUAACAAUUUAGUUAAUUUCUUAUUAGAAUCUAAAAUUGUACUAUAAAAUUCUAUUUGUAUUUAUACAAAAUCUA